AUGCAGGAGAUAGUCACAAUAUCGGUCUCUCAUAGAGCCAAUCAUUUAAGCACACAAUUUUAUAAUUGUCAAGAACAAAACCUUUACAACAACGACCCAAAUAAUUCAUUAGAUUCUUCUGUAUUUUUAAACCCUUUGAUUGAUAGAAGGACUAAGACUGCGUCAUAUUAUCCAAGACUACUAGUUUGGGAGGCAAAGAAUGGAAACGGUUCACUUGGUACCUACCAAUAUGCACAAGACACCCAAGAUUAUCAUUUUAAAGAUGAUAAAAAUGAAGCUUCAAAUAGUGAGUCUUCUCAUGAGUUAAUAACCACCCAUAAAAAGAUUGAGAGAUCCAAAUAUCAAGAUGCCUUGGAUAGGAACGAAGUAUUUCCAGAGCUAACCAAAGAAAAUACUAGAUAUUGGUCUGACUAUAAUAAAUUAAUAUAUCAACCUUAUACAUUCAAUUCUUUGAAUGAUUGGUAUCAUGACCCAGAAUCGCCAAAUUUACCUGAUUACAAGGACUUGAAAAGACAAAGAUUUGUUAACAAUGAUCAAGGUAUUAUGGAAUGGAAAUUACAACAAGAUGACUUCUUAGAUGAAAAUCUUAGAACUGUACUGGAAAGUUGUGAUUCUCUUCAAGGUUUCAAUUUAGUAGCAGAUAUAGGUUCAGCAUGGGGUGGAUUUUCGUCAUCAUUAUUACAAGAACUUAAGGACGAAAUUCCGAAAUGUAGCAUAUUCUCAUGGGGAUUCUUCGAAUCUGAUAUUCUUACAAACUCGAAACCAAAUAUAGAUAAUAAAUAUCAAAUGAAGAAUAUCAUUCAAAACACUUUGUCAAUGAUGGAUCAUUCUGAUCUUUUCUUCCCAGUAUAUUCAGACUCUAAACUUUCUAAUUGGGAAGUUGCUGGCCAGACUUGUAGACUGUACGAUGCUGUUAAUUCAGUAUUAAGUCACAGAGAUACGAAUAAGAGAAAAUCUAUGGACUAUAUUACAAAUUGUAUAACCGAUGGGGAAUCUAAAAGGAAUUUAAUUACAUCGAUGUCAGAGGUAGAUUCCAACUAUGACUACAGUUACAUAUCCAGAGUUGUACCCUAUGGUAGAAAAAUUAAAAAACCAACAGACUAUUAUGAAUUUUCAAACUGCGUGAUCCACAGAGGCUCCCAAUAUACAGAAGACAUUAAAAAGAAUAUCAACUUAAAAAAUAAAGAGUAUUUCAGAAAUCUCGAGACUACUGUUUUCCAACCUUCAGAUACGAUCCCAGAGGAGUUCAGAACAUCCCCCGAAUAUUCUGUCAAAUUGUCAAGUUCUGAGAAAGCUAGAGAUGUAUUUAAGCAUUGGAACGAUUAUGUUCAAAAGGUUUUCAGAUAUGAUGACAACAGAGAGGAAUUAAAAGAGGUUAUAGGAACCUUGAUAAGUGCAUAUGAGUAUGGUUGGUAUUCAGAUGAAGAUUCUGGUGAUGAUCUUUAG